UCUUUUUUUUCCUGCCGAACUUCCAUCUUUUCGGUUGAGUUGCUGUCCUGUUGGGCCAUGUUUUCCGUUGACUAGACACUGAGGAUGACACCCGCAUCGGUAUCCAUGAAAUUUGAAAGCAGUGGGAAAAAAUGGGGAAGCUAGAAUUAAUCUCCCUUGCACGGCUGACUACUAAAGAGUACAUCCCGGAGAUUAAACACCCCCUUGCAAAGCCACCAAACUGCCUUCCUAAAUACCACCGGCCGUUGAUCCGACUAGUUAUUGUCUUGCUUACCUGCCUGUCCAGUCAAGUCACUUGGGAGCUACUUCCAGCUAAUGCUGAUUGCCGAGAACUCGGGUCAUCCUGUUCCACGGUUUCAUGUGCCAAAACCCAUCAAAUUCUGUGCGCCUUUCGUUAUGUAGGGGAUCGAACAUUCCCUUCUGUAAUGCUGCUUGGAACUCGAAAUAGGCCAUGGGUACGUACACUCGUUGCUUCACCCCAGGAUAUCAGACAUCGUAAGCGUCAAGCGUGACAAAUGUCACGUACCCCGUGCACAAGUGUAUCCACUCCCCGUAUGAAAUAUAAAUCAAAACUAAUUUUGGCUAUUUUUAUCACGAAAACUAAGUGUAAAUUGAAAGUAUUGUAAUAAAAUUAAAUAUAUAUUGAAAUGAAAAAAAUAUUUUGUUAUUCAUAAUUUUAAUUUUAUUAUAAAGGACAAGCUUUCUUUUUGGAUAUA